UAACAGGGCUCACUAGUGCUCUUCCUGAAGGCCCAUGAGCCCUGAAGGCUCUUCCUGAAGGCCCGUGGGGAGGUGGAGUUCCUACCGGCCGGGAGAAGCUCUCCUGUCUUUGCGAAGAGCUAUGGCAGCACCUCAUGAGCAGACGAGCCCUUCCUGCUGCCUUGUAUGUUGUGGAGUCAUUGGCACUGGUGCAAAGUGAUGCCAUUCUGCCAGGCUAGUGUUUUCCGUGGGCUCUGGUUUGGUGAAUCAAUCGCACAAGGUACAUGGAAACAGUGAAUUGUGGCCCUGUAUUAGUUAGUGUAGUUGCUAACAUAUAAGGGUUAUUAAUAUGGGGCAUUUGGAAUGGAGACUAGAGGGACCCAUUUUCCUAGGGAAACCGCAUGUAAUUGGGCAGAGAGGGAAUAUUCUCUUUAACAAAAAUAAGGCCAGUUAACUAAUAACAAAUGGCUAAUAUGUAGUUAGCACUGUUCACAAUCCCAUCCAUACUUUCCCAGGGUCUAGUGGGAAGAUCAUUACAAUAAGACAAGCAUUGAAGAGAGAAAAAAAAGCAGGAAUCAAACUUCUAGGCUUCACUUCCAAAACCAGUGUGUUUUUACCAUGGAAUAAUGAAUGCAUGUUAGCUAUCCUACUGCACAAUCUCAGUGAAGGGAUGGCAUUGUAAUAAAACCUUGCAGUAAAAGUGACGAUGCCUUGUGUCCACUAGGAUCUUACUGUGCGAUAGCUAACAGUGUAAAAAAGCCACUUUUGUUGCAGUGGAGACAUGGCGCUAGCUGCUCAAGAGGAAAUGCCAACCCACUGUAACUUAAUUUAAACAAAGAGGCUUUUAUUUUUGCUGGAAUUUUCCAAGUGCUUUGAGAAAGUUCAGUGCCCAGAUUUCAGUGGUAUUUGAAAAUCCCAACCUUCUAUGUCUAAAUAAUGUAUGGUACUGCUGAUAAUAUCUUUAAAAUGUCUGGUUGAUUGUCUUAAAAUGGUGCAAUAUGUUAAGGAGGCUUUAACACUGCAAUGCAUUUGCUGGAACAUAGAAUAAUCCAGGAUUCUGCUAACCAGCACUGCUGUAAAAUGGGUCAAAGGAGCCCUUUAAGAACCCCAAAGAAUUUACUUAGGGUUUCCCCAAAUCUUCAAGUGAUGUUAUCGGCUUUGUAAAUGGGUGUUUUGCAUCUGCAUAGCCGGAGGAAAGCAAAACAGUACUGAUUAGCUUAAACAGAGUAGUUUUCUUUCAAUCACAUACAAUAUGCUCUCACUUUGUGUUGAUUCUCCCCUUCAUAAUCAUAUGCAAGUCCCAUUAACGGUGCUUGGAAAUAAACUCCAAAGAGAUCUGGCUGACCAAGCACCUUCUCUUUCAUGGCCUAGUCCAAUCAGUGUGUACAUAUUUUAAAAAAAAAAAAAAAACCCAUCAAAACACUCCACUGUGUGUACAGCUCUCCUUGGGGAGAGGAUGAGAGAGAGAAAACAAGCCACAGGUGACAGAUAUUAGCCAUGUUGCUCAGUGCUGUGACCAGGGCCGGCUCCAGGCACCAGUGUUCCAAGCAGGUGCUUGGGGCGGCAGUCAGAAAGGGGCGGCAGAGUUUCUGCGGCAGCAGCUUCUCUUUCUCCUGCCAUCUGCGGUGGCAAUUCAGCGGCGACAGGUUUUUUCACUGCUUGGGGCUGCAAAAAUGGUAGAGCCGGCCCUGGCUGUGAUGCUGCCAGGAUGAUGGCAGGAUAAGAACCUGGAUAAUCAGAUGUCGGGGUGUGAUCUUAUGAUUUAGUUUCACGUCUGUGUGUUAUAUGAUGACUGUUUGCUGUUUGGGAUAUUGUUGCUUCCCAAAGCCAGCAUGCAGAUUUCACUGCUGUGUUACAAUAGACUGAGGAGAUUAAAACUUGUUUAAAUGCAAAUACUUUCUGCUCCCAGGAACGGGUUGCUAAAGAGCAAUGCACAUUUAAAAAAAUAAAUCCCUACGAUGAAAUGCACUCUUUUUGAAGCAUACCUAGUUGUCAUUCAAUUACAUUGGGAGCCCUGACAGUAGAACUUCAUUCUAGUAGACUGUCACAAUAGUGACUGGCGUACGUACAGGAGGAUGUUAAAUUUGCAUUGGAAAGUCUGCCAAGAGAUGACAUCUUGGGGUACCAGAGGGCUUUCCCAAAAUGCAACAAGACUCUGGAAGCUUGCAUUCUUAUUAAGCAUUCAAAGUUGCAGAGGGAGCUGCAGAUUUAUGCUAUAGUUAGGCAGUUGUAGGGAAGCAUUCUCAAGAUAUAAAAUGUAAUUUGUAUUUUUAUUCCUUGAAUCCUUCUUUUCUCACAGUGCUAACUAUCUGCCUUGAUUCUAUAGUGCAAUUAAAAUCAGAAGGUGUUUAUGAAUGGAAAACUUGUUCUGCUUGCAUGUAAUGAGGAAUAAUUAGCCACAAGGAAAAAUUUACCAUUGAUUGUCUGGAAAACUGGUCUGUAAAAUGGCUAUGAAUGUCUGCUACUAGUAGAUUGCUAGAGGGGUUGUUACAGCAAAUCUUAUAAAUAUGCUGGACUUCCCAGACUCUCUUUAUUAAUAACACUUAGCACUGUUACCAUUAUUACUUUUUUACACCAGCUCAGGGGCGCACAUUGUAAUAGGGACUAUACAGACAUAUAGUAAAUGGCAGUCUCUUCACAUCUUCAAAGCAUUUUGCAGAUGCAAGCAAACCCCCAGGAAAAGGCACUGUUGUCAUUUUGCUUUCUUUCUGCCAGUUCACUGUUUCAUGCAGUUAAUUUUAAUAUUUGCAAUAUCAGUUUAAUUAAAAGCCAAGGAAAUAAAGUUAAAUUCUAUUAAAUAAAAUACAGAUUGAGUUUCCAGCUUCUUCCUGUUGCCAAAAAAAAAAAAAAAUCACCUCUGUUCCUAGGACACUGAAAUAGUCUGCAAACUUGGUCUUGUUUUGACUGAAAGAAAGUCAGUUACCCAAUUAAUACACUCCCUGGCCUAUGAGAUUGGGUACACUUUAAACCUUUUGGCUGUAUAAACAUCUGGAUUGAACAAGCAGAGCUUAACUAGGUUAUAUUCUUUGCUAAUUGCAAAGGACAGCAGAGUAAAAUUAGAAGGGGAAUGUCUGCCAGGAAACCAGUCCACUUUCUGACCUAGCAAUUCCAGCAUCUGAGCUUCAGGCUUCUGUGAUUAGUGACAUGAAGGUUAUUUUGAUUUGUUUGCUCUGACAAACAGGUAAAUGCAGUCAUUGAAUUUUCAGCAGACUCCUACUGACCUGGAAGACAGGAGCUUUAGCAGGUCAGACUGAAAUCAAUCCAGUUAGAGCAUCUCCUGCUGAGAAGAAUCCGAUUACUGUACCUGAGAUUGCCUGAGAUGCUGAGGUUUCGAUGCUGAGCACUACAUGCUGGAUUACAGAGCUGCUCACCUUGGCUCAUGUGCAAUAUCAUGGGGAAACUGCAGAGUAAAAUCAACUGCAGUACCUCCAAAUACAGGCCUGAUGAUUAUGUAGAAGAUGACAGUCCUGCCCAGGCUGUUCAGCAAUACAUCCCUGCUCACACUGACGCCGUCACUUCUGUGGCUGCUCUAACAUCGAAUCUCUGUGUGUCGGGAGGAAAUGACAAGACUGUAGUCGUGUAUAACUGGAGAUCAGGAGCAGUGCUGAAGAGGUUCGUGGGACAUCAGCGUGAAGUGACUAAGGUGGCCUGUGUCUUUGAAUCCAACAGUUUUUUCAGCGCCUCCCGUGACAAGACAGUCAUGAUGUGGGAGCUACACAGGAACUCAGGGCCAAGCCAGCACUUCCCAGGACAUGACUUGGUUGUAACUGGACUGGCAGUAAGCCCAGACUCUUUACAGCUGUGCACAGGUUCAAGGGACAACACCAUGUGCAAGUGGGACAUAGAGACCGGGGAGUGUCUGUGCAGAGCUGCCAUCUCCAGGAAUCUGGUAACACACCUGUGCUGGGUUCCUGCAGAGCCGUUUGUCAUCCAGACGUCAGAGGAUAAAACUAUCAGGAUCUGGGACAGCCGGGAGCUGCAGGUGGCCCAUACGUUCCCGGUAAAGCAGUAUAUUCAGACCUACUGCGAUCUGUGGGACCUAAGGCAGACAAGAAGCCAAGUGCGUGAGUACAAGGGGCAUUUCCAAACCACUACAUCCUGUGUCUUCCUUCCCAAGGGUCAAGGUCUGACCCCAGUCAUUGCCACUUCAUCACAUGACUGCAUGGUGAAGGUCUGGAACCAAGACAACGGAGUGCGUAUUAGGACUGACUCCUCCAUUGUCUCAGGCUUGCAGGAGUUUCUUAAGGCUAUGUUGGCACCUGAAUGGGCUUCAGAUCAGCACUCAGAGAGCCAAUCGGAGGCACUGCAGGAGCUAAUCCUGAGAGCAGCCCCUGCAAAACAAGCCCUGCAACAGUCUGGAAUCCCAGCUCACAAUCUGGGUGACCUGCUGUCUCUAAACUCCAGAUACAGACUGCACCUGCUUGCCAUGUCAUCUCCCCUUAAUCUCUGUUCCCGUCCGCCACUGCGGGGGGAAUGGAAGAGCAAAGGGAUGGUGUGACCCAGCCUGCCUGGCCACCUUGUGCCUUGAUGGAUCCGGACCCCUUGCUUCCCUGGCUGUCUGUGACAGCUCCACACUUCUCUGUGCCAGCUUCAACUCGGGAAUUCACUUACUCAGGAUAAACAGCAUUAAAGGGCUGGA